AGGGGACUUGAGUAUUCCCAGAUUCUGGAAUCUGGGAGAUUCCCUGAGGAUAACCUCCUUUGAAAUAUAGCACUAAUGCCUUCUAGUGAAGCUGGGAGCACCUUGACAUAUGAUCCAUUACAAAUCAUUAAGAUGUUCCAUAUGAUAAGGAUGAGUGUUAUCUAUUCUUUACAUGGUCACUGAGGUUGAAUGACUAACCUCUUUGUUAGGUCACUGUCUCUGAAGGAAGUCAGAACUGACUUAGGGCAGGAUGCAGGAUAUGUCAGUUCUGUUUCCCUCAGCCCAGAUCACUGCAUUCCCACUACUCUUCCUUUAGUCUUUUGAAAAGAGCAGUGUGUGUGUGUGUGUGUGGUGUAGUUAUUAUUCUGGGGGUUGCUACACCCCCUUCUAUCUACUAGGGGUUUCUACCCCACUUAGACCAUAUUAUUCCCUGAUAAAAGACACAGAAACCUUUAGACUCAUAAUAAGCUUAAAAGCACUAGAGCUGGGCUGAUGUCACCCUCUGUACUAUUUUGUCUGCUUCUCCGUGGUGAACCCCGAGAUAUCACUUGCCAUGUUCUACCUGGGCUUCCCCUACUCCACUAGGCCAGCCCUCAUAGCCGUGGGCUCAUGAACCACCUUCCCCAUGCAGUGUUUCUUGUUGAGAUUGGAGGAAAGACAGCCUUUUCAGAGAGCCACACUGGAGACAGGUGUGAGGCUUGAAGCCUACAGUGAUCAUUCAGGAAGUUGGACAAUGGCAGCCGAAGUGCCAGCAGUGACCACUCCCCUCAGCCCUUUGGUUCAGGUACCUCAAGAAGAUGAACAGGCAGAGGUUACCACUAUGAUCCUGGAGGAUGACUCGUGGGUGCAGGAAGCAGUGCUGCAGGAGGAUGGCCCUGAGUCUGAACCCUUUCCCCAGAGUGCUGGAAAAGGCAGCCCCCAGGAGGAGGGUGCAGCCGAGGGACCUCGGGGCGCGCUUGUCCGAUUUCGGGAGCUCUGUCGGCGCUGGCUGCGGCCAGAGGUGCACACUAAGGAGCAGAUGCUAACUGUGCUGCCGAGAGAAAUUCAGGCCUGGCUGCAAGAACAUCGGCCUGAGAGCAGCGAGGAGGCAGUGGCCCUGGUGGAAGACUUGACCCAGACUUUUCAGCACAGUGAUUUUGAUAUACAGAGUGAGAACGGGGAGAACUCAAAUCAAGACAUGUUUGAGGAUGUGGAGUCACAUGACAUGUUCCUGAAUAUCCCUGGAGGGGAUGGUGGUCAGCAGUCCGAUGGGGAGAGUGACUUUGAAAGAGACUGUGGCUCCGGAGGCGCCCAGAGAAAUGCCCCUGGUGAGGACCACAGGGACGUGCCAUCCGAAGGAAGGGGAGUUGGCCAGCUAAUAGGCCUUCAGGGCACCUACCUGGGUGAGAAGCCUUAUGAGUGUCCCCAGUGUGGGAAAACUUUUAGCCGGAAAUCUCACCUCAUCACCCAUGAACGGACCCACACAGGAGAGAAAUACUACAAAUGUGAUGAAUGUGGGAAGAGCUUUAGCGACGGUUCAAACUUUAGUAGACACCAAACGACUCACACUGGAGAGAAACCGUACAAAUGCAGGGACUGCGGGAAGAGCUUUAGCCGGAGCGCAAACCUUAUCACCCAUCAGAGGAUCCACACAGGCGAGAAGCCUUUCCAGUGUGCCGAGUGUGGCAAGAGCUUCAGCAGGAGCCCCAACCUCAUCGCCCAUCAGCGCACGCACACAGGUGAAAAGCCGUACUCCUGCCCUGAGUGUGGAAAGAGCUUUGGCAACCGGUCCAGCCUUAAUACUCACCAGGGAAUUCACACUGGAGAAAAGCCCUAUGCGUGUAAGGAAUGUGGCGAAAGCUUCAGUUACAACUCCAACCUGAUUAGACACCAGAGAAUCCACACGGGAGAGAAACCAUACAAAUGUACGGAGUGCGGACAGAAGUUCAGCCAGAGCUCAGCGCUCAUUACCCACCGGAGAACACACACGGGGGAGAAGCCGUAUCAGUGCAGCGAGUGCGGCAAAAGCUUCAGCCGCAGCUCCAAUCUGGCCACUCACCGGCGAACCCACCUGGUGGAGAAGCCCUACAAGUGUGGGGUGUGUGGCAAGAGCUUCAGCCAGAGCUCCAGCCUGAUCGCACACCAGGGCAUGCACACCGGGGAGAAGCCCUAUGAGUGCCUUACCUGCGGGGAGAGCUUCAGCUGGAGCUCCAACCUCAUCAAGCACCAGAGGAUCCACACUGGGGAGAAGCCAUACAAAUGCGGCGACUGUGGGAAAUGCUUCAGCCAGCGCUCACAGCUGGUGGUGCACCAGCGGACUCACACUGGUGAGAAGCCCUACAAAUGCCUCAUGUGUGGCAAGAGCUUCAGUCGGGGUUCCAUUCUGGUGAUGCACCAACGAGCACACUUGGGAGAUAAGCCUUACAGGUGUCCUGAGUGUGGGAAAGGCUUCAGCUGGAAUUCAGUUCUCAUUAUACACCAGCGCAUUCAUACAGGAGAGAAGCCCUACAAAUGCCCUGAAUGUGGCAAAGGCUUCAGCAAUAGCUCCAACUUUAUCACACACCAGAGGACUCACCUGAAAGAGAAACUUUACUGAAGUAGCAAUAAAGAGAAGUGCUAAGCUGAUUCUGAAGGGAGAAUUCCCAGUGCCCCAUCCCCCCAUGUUGUCCCUUAAAAAGAACCAUUUUUCCUAAAUACUCUUUGUGAGUUUUUGCCAGAA